CGUGCACUUCUUUACUUGGCUUUACUUUUUGUUUCUUGCCCAACGACCCCUCUCUUUCCCAAACCACCAUCAAAAGCAUGCCGUCAGUUUCCGGCAACACAGUCUGCGUCACCGGCGCCGGCGGAUUCAUCGCUUCAUGGCUCGUAAAACUCCUCUUAGAUAAGGGCUAUACCGUCAGAGGAACUGCCAGAAAUCCAGAUGAUCCGAAGAACUCCCAUUUGAGAGAGCUUGAGGGAGCAAAGGAGAGACUGACUCUGUGCAAAGCUGAUCUUCUUCACUACGAGAGCCUGCGCGAAGCCAUUAACGGUUGUGAUGGUGUUUUCCACACUGCAUCACCAGUAACUGAUGACCCAGAACAAAUGGUGGAGCCUGCAGUGAUUGGCACUAAGAAUGUGAUAGUUGCUGCCGCCGAGACGGGAGUUCGGCGCGUGGUGUUCACGUCAUCAAUCGGUGCAGUGUACAUGGACCCUAACAGACACCCUGAUACAGUGGUGGAUGAAAGUUGCUGGAGUGAUCUUGAGUUCUGCAAGAACACAAAGAAUUGGUAUUGCUAUGGGAAGGCUGUGGCAGAGCAAGCAGCAUGGGAGGAGGCAAAGGAGAGAGGGGUGGACCUAGUGGCGGUGAACCCGGUGUUGGUGCUCGGACCAUUGCUGCAACCAACCAUCAAUGCCAGCAUUAUUCACAUCCUCAAGUACUUGACUGGCUCGGCAAAGACUUAUGCCAACUCCAUCCAGGCCUACGUGCAUGUUAAGGAUGUGGCAUUGGCACACAUCCUUGUCUACGAGACCCCUUCAGCUACCGGGCGCCACCUCUGUGCCGAGAGUGUGCUUCAUCGUGGCGAGGUGGUGGAAAUUCUGGCCAAGUUCUUCCCCGAGUAUCCCAUCCCAACCAAGUGCUCGGAUGAGAUAAAACCAAGAGCAAAACCGUACAAGUUUUCGAAUCAAAAGCUGAAGGAAUUGGGGUUGGAGUUCACACCGGUGAAGCAAUGCUUAUAUGAGACCGUGAAGAGCCUGCAGGAGAAGGGUCACCUCCCAGUCCCUACACAGAAUGACGAAUCUAUUCGUAUUCAGUCUUGAUCGAUGAUAUCCUUAUGUAGCUGCCAUCGGAGGAGGAGGGCACAGCUCCUUGCCUCCGCAGUGAUAGGCAGUGUUUAGCAAAAUGUUUUAGAGAGAAAACUAAGCAAGAAUGUAAGAGUUUGAAUCUUUGUGUUGUAUCAAACCCAUCCUAUUAAUUGAUUAUAUGAGUUGAGGUUUGAAUUAUUUGGCAAUAAA